AUGUGUCAUGGACGAGGUGCCACAUAUGACGCCGGCGAGUCCAAGUUUCGACUCGGAUGCCGGCUGCGCGACUUGUCACCGGAAGAACUUGAGAGGGACACGCCGCGAGUCCCAGAUAACCUGACGCAAUACUGGUACGACACCGGGCCCGGGCAAGUCUUCAACGAGGCCGUGCUCCUCGAUGCCAACUCUCGCAUCCAGAGGUCCCGCACAACAAGCAUCUUGGUAAAGAGAGAAGGGCCCGGCAAUCUGUGGCACGUCCUGAUGGAGUUGCUCAGCCUCUCGUGGACCCUUGACGUACUACAGAUCAGCGCGGAUCCUACCUCACAACAGUCGUACCUAUCACCCGCCGCGGCACCGUCCACGCAGGUCAUAUUCCUGGACGAGUACGAAGACGGCCCCUUUGUCGACAUGUGGAGGCUCUUUGCCAAAAUGCCCAUCCGGCGCAUCCACGAACUUAACAGCUCCGAACCCGCCACCGACAUUAUCAUACCCUUUUCCGGCGGGAGCAACACGCUCUGGCAAGGCGAUUGGGUUAAGCUCGACUGCCGCGAGUCGGCACUCGUCAAAGCCUUUAUUUCGCGCGUCUUGCGUCUCUACGACGUGCCCACGCCGCCCCGGAGCAAGGAAGAGGUCGUGGCCAAGUUUAUCCGCCGGACGAAUACCCGCAAACUCAUCAACGAGACGGAGCUCAUUGCGUCGGCUAAAAGGGCCGUUCCUCACUUGAAUAUAGAAGUCGUCGACUUUGCCGGGUUUUCUUUUGCCGAGCAGCUCAAAAUCGUCCGCGAGACGGACCUUCUCAUAGGCGUGCAUGGGGCCGGUCUCACGCACACCAUGUUCUUGCCGCCGGGGUCUGCUGUCGUGGAGAUUCUGCCCGGCGACUUUGCGCACAUGGGCUUCCGGAAUCUAGCGCAGCUGCUGGGCCACCAGUAUCAUCGUACCCAUGCCAAGAUGCAUGGGGAUGCUUCUGGAGAUUCGCAGUGGCAGUUUGAUGCGGUUGAGAUGGAGGAGGACCAAUUUGUUCGUUUGAUUGACGGCGCGGUGCGAGGCUUGUAUAAUAACGGAAUAAGGACGUACGACGCUGUAUGA